UGAGCAGUCUUGUUCAGUCGCAAAGGCAGGCUUUUUGUCCAAUCGCUUCCCUAAUAGGCGGGUCCUAAUCGCACUGUUUCACACAGCAUUCCCUCCCCAUCCGGGCUCCGCUCGCCUCUCCGGCUUAUCACCGCUUCCUGAUCGCCGAGCCCGGGACACACAGAGCUGCACUGACCGCGCUGUCAUUUGGACCGGUGUUGUUGUAGCCGAGGAGCUCUAGAGGCAUGGCUACCGCGCUGUAAUGCUGCACUGCUGUCUUCUCCUCUCACAAGCUCAUCCAUCCUUACCAUCACCAUCAACAUCAACAUCAGCAGCAGUGCAGUGCUAUGUAUGGAUCCGUAAGCUAAGCCGCGUCCCUCAUAUACUACAUACUACAGCAGGAUCCGCAGGCUCCAGCCUUCUCCAGUAUUGAUAGAGCUUUUAAUAACCAGAUUCGAGCCGCAAGGCAACGCGUCGACGGCAGGAGCUGGAAUUAUGAAGCGUUGGCGCCAUGUCUAAGGCUACAGUCAAGAAGCUGCACUGGCGUUCCAAAGUUCAGGAGAGCUUCGUUCCUCUGGGUGGAGCCUCGGGGGAGCUGGGUGUGGCUAUUGGAGGUGGUGCCGACUAUGGCGAGUUCCCAUUCGUCACAGCAGCACCGGGAGGAGGCGCUACAGUGGGUGACAUCAUCCUGGAGAUUGGCGGCACUCCUGUCCUGGGCAUGACCCUGGGAGAUGUCAGAGGGGUUCUGAACUCGUGUCCUCAUCCCAUCCGCAUCAAAACCGUUUCACCAGGCUCCACUCUGUGUAAAGACCUGAGAUUAUAUUUAAGCAAGUGCUUCACACCUGGAUCCAUGGACAGCCAACUGCAACAGGUCAUACGGGAGAACCUUUACCUGCGUGCUGUGCCCUGUACCACUAGGCAGCCGCGGGACGGCGAGAUCUCCGGAGUCGACUACAACUUCGUCUCGAUUGAGGAGUUCUUCUCUCUGGAGGAGUCAGGAGCUCUGCUUGAGAGCGGCAAGUUCAAAGGGAACUACUAUGGUACGCCACGGCCGGUCCACAUUGGGCCCGACAGCCCACCUAUCACCUACCAGGAGCACCGCAACCUGCUGCGGAACUUCCGCACACGCAGCAAGUCCCUCAGUAACCUGGAGAAGGCUGUCGAAGAGGGAGACAACAGUGAGGAGGAUUCUGGUCUCUCAGCGGGUUCUGCAGGAGCGAGCAGUGCCCCCACUACUACUAUUGUUUCGCCCAAUCAGACGUGGGACUCAGGUGGACCUCGGGAUGGUGGUGUCCCGAUGGAGAACGGUGCCCGUGGAGGGGCAUUGCCUGAAAACUGGGAGAUGGCAUUCAGUGACUCAGGAGAACCUUACUACAUCGAUCAUAACUCAAAGACGACGAGCUGGCUGGACCCGCGGACUCACAGCAAAGAGGUGGUCAGCAAGACAGAGUUACCUCCAUUCACAGACCAGCCAUCUGAACUGAAGGGCUAUUCCAUCCACACACGUCUCUCAAAAGGGCCAAGAGGUUUUGGCUUUAACAUUGUAGGGGGCAGCAGACCCAGAGAAUUCCUGCAGGUGUACAGCGUCACACCUGGAGGCCCACCUGCCCUUAACACAGCGGACAUCCUGGUCUACAUUAACGACACAUGUGUGCUGGGUAUGUCCCACAAGGAGGUGGUGGAGAUGCUGAAGGCCGUGCCUAUGGGCCACAGUGUGGAUGUGGUGCUGCGUAGGGGCUAUCCCAUGCUUUACAAUCCUGAUGGCUGCCCCAAGACCAGCCUGUCUUCACCCUCUGACCCCACCCCGGGGUCUGCCCAGGCCCCACCUCACAAUCUGAACCGUUCCACCUCUCAUCACAACGGUUUCUACCCCCGGAUGCAAAAAGAGCCUUUAGACACCAACGGUAAUGUGGCAGCUCCGCCUUGCUACCACAUGCCCAAUGGAAACUCAGUAGACAGAACUGUAGGAAUGGCAGGCCUGCCCUCAAAUCUGCCAAUGGCAAGGUCGGAGAGACUGAGCUCAAGUCACAGUGAUACAGAGGUCAGCACUGUCGUCACACGCAGAGCCUCACUCAUUCGCAGCUACAACAACAAUACCCUUCCUGCCCCAUCUCUGGCUCACCAGAACUCCAAGUCUUCCGAGAGUGAUCUGUCCAGUGGUGCCCUCCCUCUGCCGCAGCCUGAGGUAGGCAGUGCACCAGCGCCACCAGGUGCCCCCAGUGCCCAACGCCCACUCGUGCCCCCAACUGAGCUGCCACCCUGUGGCUUCAAUGGCUGCCCGGCCAGCAACCCCCCUCGGCCUGCCCCAGGCAACCUGGGAUCGCCUGGGGCUGGCACAGGAGGUGAGCUUGUGCCUGUGGCCCUGGGGAGAAGCGAGGGAGGGGGCAUGGGCUUCAGCGUGACAGCAGGCGGGCAGGGCGGGCAGUUGGCGCUGAUCAAGCGGGUGUGGGACCGGCGCCAGUGCCCGUCCCUGCAGCCGGGCGAUGCCAUCAUCAAGAUCAAUGGCGCUGAUGUGCAGAGCCUCAGCUUCGCACAGGUACAGAGAGUUCUACAGGAACAUACAAGACAGGGUGAGGUGGUCUUACUGGUUUACAGAGGAGGAAACAUCCCUUCUCCUGUCACCCCAAACUCGUACAACAGUGUUCCUCCACCCCAGGGCCCUCCAGAUUUGAUGUCUCCUUCCUCAGAUGGCCCCACAACCAGCCAAAGCACCCUAUCUCCUCAGUCACCCUCCAACGAGCUCCCUCCUCUGGUCCAGAGCACCAGCUUUCUGGACUCUGUGCCUGUUACCCUGACCAUGGAGCCACGGGACUGGAUGGGGGUUGAGGACAUGGCCGUGCAGGGUCCCCGUCUGCCCUCCUCUAAUGCUCUAGGAGCCGUGUCCAAAACGCAGCCCGAGGGGAGAGGAGCAGUGCCUAGCAAAUCUUUGGAAGUGGAGCUGAGGAGAAGGCCUGGAGAGGGUUUUGGCUUUGUCAUCGCCACACAGGACAUGACGAAUGGAUCAUCGUCACUGUUCUCUCACAGGUUUGUGACCGUACGGAGGGGCAGUCCAGCAGCCCGCAGCGGUCAGAUCCAGCAGGGUGAUCAUCUGGAGGCAGUGGAGGGCCGCUCUGUGCUCACGCUGCCUCACAGAGAGCUGGCACAGAUCCUGCGGCGAGCAGGAAACACACUCCGCCUCACCAUCAUCCCGCGCUCCAACAACAAUGCCUCCAACCUGACAGAGUACACAGACUUUGAUGCAGAUAGCAAGUUAAGAAAAGGGCACAUAGCCAGACAAAAGCAGGACCCACGGUACUACAGUGUGGAUCUGGAGAGAGGCCCGACUGGUUUUGGCUUCAGUUUGAGAGGGGGGAGUGAGUACAACAUGGGACUCUAUGUGUUGGGGCUGAUGGAGGGAGGACCAGCAUCUCGCAGCCAGAAAAUACAGGUGAGUGAUCAGCUGGUGGAGAUUAACGGGGACAGCACAGCAGGCAUGACCCAUAGCCAAGCUGUAGAACAGAUCCGCAAAGGAGGACACCGCAUCCACCUGGUCCUGAAGAGAGGAAAUGGAUAUGUACCAGACUACGGCCAUGAAGGUGGAGCAGCCUCCCCCUCCUCCUUCCGCUCUGAGGAACCAGGUGAGAUUGGAGUGGCUUUCUCCUUGCCCAGGAGCAUUGAGAAAGGGGUGGACAGAGAGGCAGAGAGACGAAAGGGGCGGAGAAAAGGAGGCAGCAGCAGAGAAGGAGUAGAGGAGGAGAGGAGAGGCACUCCUGAGAUUGAGCGGGCUUCGGGCGACUUGGUUAGCAUCCCAGCGAGCUCCCACUCAGGGAGGAAGAGAGAGAGAGAGAAACCAACCCAGAGUACAACCAAAAAGGCUUCAAAAAGUACAGAGGGGGAGGAAGAGGAUGUGCAGCGAAGAGAGAGGAGGGAGAGGGAGAAGGAGAAGAGGAGGAGUUCAGGAGGCAGGAGGAGCAGAGUGAAAACUGGAACUCAAGAGAGAGAAGACAGGGAACAGGAAGAGGAAGGGGAGUGGUCAGAUGCAAGAGGGAGGAGGGGGAGAGAUGAAAAGAAGGAGGGAAAAAAGAAGGGAAAAAUAGAAAACAACAACGGUGAUGUCCCUGAGGGCACAGAAGAGGUCACUGGGGUCACACAGAAAGCACCCUUUUCCUUCCUCAUGCCUCUGGAUGAUGAAAGCAAUCUUUCUGAUGCUGACUCUGCACUCAGCUUUUCGGAAGUCAGCGUGUCUGCAGCUAGCAUCUCGUUCACAGGGGCGCAGUGGCCCCUUGACCCCAGAGACCUCAGCAACUCCCAGGAGAUCCCCGCUACCCCACACCUCACCCCGGGCCCAUGGCUCGUCCCCAGCCCCCAUAAACUCUCUCAGGUCUUAGAAGGAAACAGGUUAAGCCAACAUUCAGGAGGCCUAUGGUUCUGAAAAGCUUACUCUCUCUGAACUCUCUCUCUCAUACACACAAACACAAACACACACACACACACGCAUGUCAUUUGGAGACCAGCACACCACCAUCAUCCCACCAGCCCUCCUCCACUUUGAAAAAACCUACACCUGUGUUCAUAUUUUCAAGAAUAGCCGCUCGAUUGCAACCAGUGCCCAUGUCUGCAGUCCUGGCGAACUGAAAUUACCAUCACCUAGAGGCCAGUGAAACAAACAGAGAGAGCAUGCUGCCAUCAUGGGAUGGUUCUGGUUGGUUGCUAACAUGCAAGGCAAAUCCAUAUGCGUGUAUGUAUUCAUAGUGUUGUUCAUAGCAUGUACAAGUUAUUUUUUAUCUUAUGUCAUUUUGACAUUUUUUUUAUUUGAUAUUUUAUUUUCUUAUGAAUGCAUUAAGAUUCUAUUACAGAAAAAAGAGGAAGAUUUAUUUAAGAUCUGCAUUAGCUGCUUGCUUUUCUGUGACCAGACUGUAACCCUCUCCCCCACUGAGUGUGUUGAUCUAGCUGUCCGUGCUGGGGAAAGGACGGGGAAAGAACUGUUUUAUUAUCAGGCUAGCGAGCCAUCUCAGACUUCUCCAGGUGCCUUCUGCUUCUUUAGCUGGUGUUUACCAAAAAAAAAAAAAAAGAA